AUGGGGUCUCCCAUUGGUCCAAUAGCUGCAGAUAUUGUGAUGCAGAGAGUCCUAAACAUUGCCUCUGAAAAUUCCCCACUACGAAUAGGCUUUAUCAAAAAAUAUGUUGACAAUUUGCUCGUAUCCAUUCAUGAAAAUGACGUGGAUUUAGUAGUAGAUCAUUUCAAUUCCGUCCACCCGAAGAUACAAUUUUCCAUGGAAAUGGAAGUGAAUGGGGUCCUUCCUUAUUUGGACAUGGAAAUUCACCGAGGUGAGAACAACUCUCUGAGCACAACAUGGUACGCCAAACCCUCCUCAUCACUCAGGAUGCUCAACUACAGAAGUGGUCACUCGCUUCAUACAAUUAUCAACGUAGGAAGAGGUUUCAUAAAACGGGUGAGAGCACUCACCACGAAAUCAGGGGAGAAUACCAAUGAUAAUAUCGCGAGAAUCCUGAGAAAGAACGAUUUCCCCAAUAGAGUGAUCCAACGUCUCCUCAGAGAGGAAGGGCAACAAAACUCAACAACGACAGACCAAUUAUAUUUCAACACUAUCUCUUAUGUCCGCGGGAUCUCGGAGAAACUUGGCAAAAAAAUCACAGAGAAAACUGGCAAGAAAGUGGCCUUCCAACCCGUGACAAAGGUGAGAAAAUUUUUCUCUCGAAUUAAAGAUCCCAUCCCAAAGGACAACAAAUGUGAUGUAGUUUACGAGAUUCCAUGUGGCGGAUGCGAGAAAUCAUACAUUGGCACAACUGGACAACAGCUGAAGAAGAGGCUCCAACAACAUAAAAACGAUACAAAAUUGCCUAUUAGAAAUCCCAAUGUCUCGUCACUCUGCACACACGUAACUGAAACCGGGCAUAGGUUUAAAUUUGAAGAAACAAAAAUCCUGGACACACACAGAAACUACGGAAAGAGAUUGCUGCUGGAGAUGAUCCAUAUCAAAACUAAUAUGGAUAAGGUAGUGAACAAGCGCUCAGAUGUGGAUGGAUUGAGCGCCAUCUAUGCGGGGCUCCUUCAAGGAAGCCACUCGUGA